GUACCAGAAAGUUUUGUUAUCCCUGAAUGCGAAAACUCCGAAGCCAUGAAGAAUGGUUUUAAGUGUGCCUAUUGAUUUUGUUCGUCUUCCAAAAGUAGAAGAGUGUUUAGCUCCGAUAGCCCACUAUUGAAAUGACGCAGUCAAUAGUAAUUCAAGUUGGACAGUGUGGAAAUCAGAUCGGAUGUCGUUUCUGGGAUUUGGCUUUGAGGGAGCAUGCAGCUCACAACAAGAAGGGUGUUUAUGAUGAUUCACUCAGCAGUUUUUUCCUCAAUGUUGAUUCAAGAUACGAAAACCCACUUAGUAUCGGUGUUGGCGAUGGAAAAAGCAAGGUUCGUUCCCUCAAAGCCAGGGCAGUCUUGGUUGACAUGGAGGAGGGCGUGGUCAAUGAAUUAUUGAAGGGGUCUGUUGGGGAGUUGUUUGACCAUAGACAACUCAUCACUGAUGUCUCUGGCUGUGGAAAUAACUGGGCAGUUGGCAAUAAGAUGUAUGGUGUUCAGUACAGAGACCAGAUAUCGGAGUGUGUACGCCAUGCAGCUGAGCAGUGUGACUGCUUACAGUGUUUCUUCAUAACUCACUCCAUGGGUGGAGGCACAGGAUCUGGUGUGGGUACAUCAAUUCUGAAAUUACUCCAAGACGAAUAUCCUGAUGUGUAUAGGUUUGUCACACCAGUGUACCCUUCAGUUGACGAUGACGUCAUCACGUCACCCUACAAUAGCGUACUAGCCAUGCAGCAGCUCACAGAGUAUGCUGAUUGUGUGCUACCUGUGGAAAACCAGGCUCUUUCAGAUAUCUGUGAGAAAAUCAACCAGGCGCUGCCGCCAGAAAAAACAGGAAAGAAAACCUAUGGAGCAACAGGGCAGGCAAAGGCCGGCACUACCAUCUCAGGAUCAGGGAAACAAGGAGGCAAAGAGAAACCGUUUGAUCAAAUGAAUAACAUCGUGGCCAACCUGCUGCUCAAUCUAACAUCGUCAUCAAGAUUUGAGGGUAGCCUGAACAUAGAUUUGAAUGAGAUCAGCACCAAUCUGGUUCCCUUUCCCAAGAUACACUACCUACUUGCUAGUCAGACACCUCUCUACUCACUCCUAGACCUCAAUCUUCCACCAAGAAGGUUGGACCAGAUGUUCACGGAUGCUUUUUCUAGAGACUACCAGCUGAUAAAGGCAGAUCCUAAGAACUCCAUGUACCUUGCCUGUGCUCUCAUGUGCAGAGGGAACGUCCACAUCUCAGACAUCAGGAGAAAUAUUGAUAGGUUGCGUCCAUCUCUGAAUUUCAUAUAUUGGAAUACGGACGGCUGGAAGACUGGUUUGUGUUCGGUUCCUCCAGUGGGGCAGCCUUACUCUCUCUUAGCUGUGGCUAACAAUACGUGUGUGAGACACACAUUCAGUGACCUGAGAGACCGAUUCAAUCGACUCUACAAGAGAAAGGCUCACCUACAUCACUAUACCAACGUGGAAGGCAUGGAUAUGACAAUGUUCUCAGAGAGCUUAGAAUCACUGACAUCACUGAUCAGCGAAUAUCAACAACUAGAGAAGGCUAAGCCAGCAAGUAUUCCAAGAUUACAGAUUGCUGUAUGAGUUGAGAAUUAAACGGGUAAAGAACAAGGAGUUGAUCUGCUAAGGAAACCAGGAUUGCUGAUUGCUGUAUGACUUGUGCAUUGCAUCCAGAAAGCUGCAGUCGAGUACAUUUAUCUGAGUACAAAGUACUGCCAAGGACCACUCGCAUCCGAGUCCUGUGACCCCUAAGAAUGAGUUCAGGUACCCCAGUCCAAGUACCUGGACCUUC